AUGGAGAACACAUCUUUUUCGUUCAGAUCUGAGUUAACCCUCGACACAUUUGUUAUUCCACCUGGAGGAAAGUAUCCCAUCUUUUUGUUUGGUAUUGCAAUUUAUUUCUUUAGUGUUUUUUGCAACCUGACGUUGUUGAGUUUGAUCAUUCUCAAAAAGAACCUUCACAAGCCCAUGUAUUUCUUCCUGAUUAGUCUGCCCUUCAAUGACUUGGUAGGCAUAACUGCAAUGUUACCCAAAGUGCUUUCAGACAUUGUUACAGAGACAAACGUGGUUUACUAUCCUCUUUGUGUUUUACAAGCCUUCUUGCUCCACAUGUAUGGUGGUGGAAUUUUAUUUAUUCUCGCAGCAAUGUCUUUUGAUCGUUAUGCCGCCAUCUGCAUGCCGCUACGCUACAGCUCCAUCAUGACCCCCAGAGUAGUCAUGUGUAUCAUCUCACUAGUCUGGGGUCUUGACUUUGUCUUGAUCGUAUCCUUGUUCUCUUUGCAGACAAGGCUUCCCCGUUGUAAAUCUGUGAUCAUGAAUGUGUUCUGUGACAACCCGUCUCUUCUGAAGCUCACAUGUGGAAACACGACACUCAACAAUGUCCUAGGGUUAUUUAACACAGCCGUAAUGCAAGCUGUAAGUGUGUCUAUUCAGGCGUUUUCCUAUGUAAAGAUACUGAUCAUGUGUGUGGUUACAAGAAGGUUGGAAGCAAAAACAAAAGCUGUCAACACGUGUGUCGCGCAGUUGCUUAUUUUAAUCAUAUUUGAGAUUGUGGGCACUUUUACAAUUUUAUCUCAUAGGUUAAAAAAUGUCUCAGCUGACUUGCAAAAAAUAAUGGGUAUGUUGAUAUUCCUUGUACCUCCGCUUUUGAAUCCAAUUGUAUACGGGCUGUACACAACUGAAAUACGGAACACUCUUUUGACAGUCUUAAAAAACAGAUUGUCGGCCAACAUUUUUACACAAGUGGGCUAG